GCUUCGUGCUUCUGCGAGAGAGAGAGAGAGGCAAAAGGGUCUUCUUUUGGGAAAGCUAGGGUUAGGGUUAGGGUUCAGAAGGGGAUGAGGUUGAAGAAGAAGAAGAAUCAGAGGAAGAGCGUGAGGUUCUACAGGGCAUGCUUCGGUUUCAGAGAGCCUUUCAAGAUUCUAUGCGACGGUACUUUCAUCCACCAUCUCCUCCGUCAUUCCAUCCCUCUCUCUCAGCUCUCCAAGCUCCUCUCUUCUUCUACCAAGGUCUUUGUCACCAAAUGCAUCGUCGGAGAGCUGCGAAGCCUUGGAGAUUCCCAUUCGGAUUCUGUUAAGACCGCUUGCACUCUCCUCACUGCUAGGUGUGACCAUGAGCGGAGGAGGAAAAGCGCUGCAAGCUGCAUUGAGUCUGUUAUUGGUGGGAACAACUCCGAGCACUUCUUUGUUGCUACUCAAGACACUGAUCUUCGUAUGAAGCUUAAAGAGAUACCAGGUGUCCCCGUGAUAUAUGGUCUGAAAAAUUCCUUGUUCCUUGAACCACCAUCUGACCGCCAACGCCAAUUUGUUACAUCUACUGAAGAGGAACGUUUGCAUAUUAGCGAGCCGGAAUAUAAUAUGUUAAAAAAGAGGGUGGGAAUCCAAGUUACAACAGAGUCAAGUGAUUCAGGUGAAAGUUUUGAGAAUGAAACUGUCAUAAAACAGGCUGUGACAAAGACCAACAAUACAGGAAGGAUGCUGGGUGUGGCAGAUACAUGUAAAUUUAAAAGAAAGAAAGCAAAGGGCCCAAACCCACUUUCAUGCAAGAAGAAGAAGAAAAGUCCUGAGGAUUCACGUGCUGAAAAUAUCGAUGGUGAGGUCAGCAGUGCCUCCAAGAGAAAGAGGAACAGGAAAAGGAAGAAGGGUCAGAUGGAGAGAAAACUUGCAGAGGUGAAGUUGGUUGAGGCAGGCUGAAAUUAUCACAAGGUUAAUUGCACAGGCUUGGGAGAUGUUGGCCAUGGCUUUUAAAUCAUGGAAGUUAGCGGUCAGAAGAUGUUUGUUAGACUUGGUUUUUAAGAGCCAAUUCCUAGGCCAGUUGUGCUUCUUUUUUUCUUUUUUUUUCUUCUGCUGUAGUUCCCUUCCUGACCAUGUUUAGGUUUGCAUUCUGGAAACUUUCAAGACAAACUGAUGGCUGUCUGCAUCAGAUGAACGCAUGGAACAGGCCUUAUCUAUGCACCCGAAAAUAUAAAUUAUUCUAUUCUUCUGAAGAUAUGGAGGCUGCAAAUGUACAUUUUAGUCUAAACUAUCAGUAAUCUUUUAUUGAGCUGACGGAUGAUCUUCUAGAGUUCCAGUA